CUCCGUCCGUGUGUCCGUCCCCGUUUGUUCCGGGCCCCCAGUCCGGAGUGGGGUCGGUGCCCCCGGGUGGCAUGGAGCCUCCGGGCCGGCCCUCCGACCCGCUGCUGCUGCUGCUGGUGCUGGGCACCGCGCUCGGCUUCGGGGGGCUGCAGCGCCUGCUGAGACGGCUGGCCCGGACCCUGCCCCGGAUCCUGCCCACCCACCUGCCCACCCACCUGCAACGGGACCCCCUGCGCACCUGGCGUUGGCACAACCUCCUCGUCUCCCUGGCCCACUCGCUCUGCUCGGGCCUCUGGGCGCUGCUCUGUGUGUGGCAGACGCCGGAGAUGCUGGUGGACAUCGAGAUGGCCUCGUCGCCCUCGGGCUACUUGCUGGUCUGCUUCUCCACAGGCUACUUCAUUCACGACACGAUGGACAUCGUGGUCAGCCGACAGGCCAGGGCCUCCUGGGAAUACCUGCUGCACCACGUCCUGGCCAUGGGCGCCUUCUUCUCCGGCAUCUUCAAGGGCCGCUUUGUGGCCGGAGGGGUCCUGACCCUGUGGGUGGAGGUGAGCAACAUCUUCCUGACCCUGCGCAUGAUGAUGAAGCUCAACAACGCCCAAGGCCACCCCCUGUACCGCAUCAUCAAGUACGCCAACCUGGUGGUGUACUUCCUGUUCCGCCUGGCUCCCCAGGCUUACCUCACCUGGUACUUCCUGCGCUACGCGGGCGAGCGGACGCUGGGCACCUUCCUCAUGGUCAUCCUGCUGCUGCUGGACCUCAUGAUCCUCACCUACUUCUCCCGCCUGCUGCGCUCGGACUUCUGCCCGCAGCGGGCGCGGGGCCGGCCGGGCAAGGAGAGCGACAAGUUCCUGACGGACUGAGCGGGCGCGGGUACGUGGGCCCCCUUCUCGGUGAAGACCCCACGGGAGUCGAGGUCCAGAGGGUGUCAGGGUGACCCCUUUGGGGUUAAGCCCCAGGAUGAGCCACCUCCUAUUGAAAAGACGACUCCAACCCAGGCCGAGGCCUCGCGUGCUUCUGUUGG